GAGACUCAGACAUGGCGAUAGACCCUGCGGCAGAGCUGCCUUUCUUCUACGGCAGCAUCAGUCGUUCGGAGGCUGAGGAGCACCUGAAGUUGGCAGGCAUGGCCGACGGGCUGUUCCUGCUGCGCCAGUGUUUGCGGAGCCUGGGUGGCUACGUGGUCUCCCUGGUUUGGAACUUGGAGUUCCACCACUACUCUGUGGAGAAGCAGCUCAACAGCACCUACUGUAUUGCAGGUGGCAAGCCCCACUGUGGGCCAGCGGAGCUCUGUGAGUUUUACAGUAAGGAUUCAGAUGGCCUGGUGUGCACCCUGAGGAAGCCCUGUCUGCGCUCCCCAGACAACCCCAUCAGAGCAGGCGUCUUUGAUAACCUGAGGGACAACAUGCUGAGGGAGUACGUACGACAGACCUGGAACCUGGAGGUGAGGGUUGGCUGAAUUACAUUUUACGUUUGAGUAAUUUAGCAGACACUGUUAUCCAGAGUGACUUACAAUUAGUGCAUUCAUCUUAAGAUAGCUAGGAGAGACAACCACAUAUCACAGGAUGAGAGGCAGCAGGGCCUGAAGUCACAUAAACACUGUCUCUGAUGUAGUUGCCUUUCUGACUUUGUGUCUGUGUUCAGGGGGAGGCCAUGGAGCAGGCCAUCAUCAGCCAGGCCCCACAGCUGGAGAAGCUGAUCGCCACCACCGCCCAUGAGAGGAUGCCCUGGUACCACGGCAAGAUCCCUCGCCAGGAGGGAGAGAGGCGACUCUACUCCGGGGCACAGCCAGAUGGAAAGUUCCUGUGAGUCAUGAAAGGCAUUUUAGUCCAACGCUACACAAAGGUUCCAAAAACACCUGCAACAUAGUUUGAUUUGGGUUUUUAUUCAUCAGAGUCAGAGACAGGGAAGAGUCCGGCACCUUUGCCCUUUCUUUGAUGUACGGAAAAACGGCCUACCAUUACCAGAUCCUACAUGACAAAUCAGGGAAGUACUCCAUGCCAGAGGGAACCAAAUUUGACACUGUGUGGCAGGUAGGCUGUUCUCUCUUCUCCAACAAAUGAGUCCAAGUUUAUUAUGUCUGCUACCUCAUGUUUAAGACAAAGAUAGUUACCUUUCCCUGCCACUCUCCCUCCCUUCUGCAGCUUGUGGAGUAUCUGAAAAUGAAACCUGAUGGGCUAGUGACAGUUCUGAGGGAACCGUGUGUGAACCGCAACAACACCAAACGUACUUAAUCAACAUUUUGUUCACAAAUGAAUCACAAUCAUCAAAUUCUUAUUGUUUCACUAAACUUUGUCCCUUAUGCAAUUGAAUUAAUUUUCUUAUUUCUCAAAUCCAUUUUCAGAGACUCCUGUUGUGCCCUCAGGGGUAAGUAUCAAGAGCAUUUUCUAAUUUUCUUUCACACAGAUCUAUUGUGUAAAAGCAUCUGCUAAAUGGCAUAUAUUAUUAUUACAUUAUAUAUUAUUAUAUUACUAUUGAAUACAGUACAUUUCUUUCAGAGGCGGCCCAGAGCAAAUGGAUACACACCGCCACCUGGAGGUAGGUCAAUAACAUUACAACAGACACACAUGGCCUUUCUACCAAAACCCACACACACACAAAUCACAGAAUUUGUUUUGAAGACAUUUCCCUGUGGUUUGUCCCUUUCUUACAGUACCUCUGGGGGGCUCCACGGAAGUCAAUACUUUGCCCCCCACAGACCGUCAGAUGCUGCCCAUGGACUGCAGUGAAUUUGUCAACCCUUACCAUGACCCCAAUGACCUGAAGAAGUUCUUCAUCAAUAGGGAUCAGCUGAUGAUGGACGAGGUGGAGCUCGGCUCGGGAAACUUUGGCUGUGUCAAGAAAGGAGUCUUCAAGACAAAGAAGUGAGGGGGGGUGGGGUGCUUCUUUUUGGAUGAAUCAAACAGAACAUCAGAUCCUGAUUUAGAACCUAUAACGUCAGCCUAGAGCCAUUUAUAACAAUAACUACGUUUUAGGUCAGAGAGGUUUAUAAUAAUUUUUGCUGACAAAAUGAGCUGAUCAGGACAAACUCUGGACCCCAGUUAUAGGCUAUAAUUAUGAAAAAUAUGGGGCCCUAUUCAUAACACAUCACUAAUUCCUGUGUGGUUCCAGCGGCCACACUGAUGUGGCCAUCAAGGUGCUGAAGAAUGAGAAUGAGAAGCUGGUGAAAGAUGAGAUGAUGAGGGAGGCGGAGAUCAUGCACCAGCUGAGUAACCCUUACAUCGUCCGCAUGCUGGGGCUCUGCCAGGCUGAGUGCCUGAUGCUGGUGAUGGAGAUGGCUUCUGCUGGGCCACUCAACAAGUUCCUCUCCACCAAUAAGUAAGGCCAAUUAUAUCACACGUAUAGUGUAGUACAGUAUAUACAGUAUCAUAAGGCAUGUUAUUCUCUUAGUAGUGACAUUGAUCAUAGAGUUAUGGAAAUGAAAUUAAUAAUAGCACUACUAUUGCUCAAACAGUGAUCAUGAGCUCAGCAAAGUGAAGCUAAAUACCAUGACAUACUGUAAUUUCCCUAAAGGUUUAUUUGAGUUCCCUUUCUGUCCCUCUACCUCUCAGGGAGAAGGUCACAGUGGAGAACAUUGUGGGGCUGAUGCACCAGGUGUCUAUGGGAAUGAAGUACCUGGAGGAGAAAAACUUUGUGCACAGAGACCUGGCAGCUCGCAACGUCCUGCUAGUCAACCAACAGUUUGCCAAGAUCAGUGACUUUGGUCUGUCCAAGGCUUUGGGUGCUGAUGACAACUAUUACAAGGUAGGAGUCUUUUGCACGUAUCAUGUGCUAUUACAUUUUAGUCAUUUAGCAGACGCUCUUAUCCAGAGCGACUUACAGUUAGUGAGUGCAUACAUUUUUCAUACUGGCCCCCCGUGGGAAUCGAACCCACAACCCUGGCGUUGCAAGCGCCAUGCUCUACCAACUGAGCUACAGGAGGCCUGCUAUAAUGUUGGUCUGUUUUAUAUAAUCAAAUUCUGCAGUUCUUUAUACAUUAUAAUGUGGUAUGGUAUGCAUGUGUGUACGUGCGUGGGUACAUAGGCACGCACAGCAGGUAAAUGGCCGCUGAAGUGGUAUGCUCCAGAAUGCAUGAACUUCCACAAGUUCUCCAGCAAGAGUGAUGUCUGGAGCUUUGGUGUCACCAUGUGGGAAGCCUUUUCUUACGGAGGAAAACCAUACAAGGUACUAUAUGUACAGCACCAGCAAGAUACAGUUGAAGUCGGAUGUUUACAUACACCUUAGCCAAAUACAUUUAAACUCAGUUUUUCACAAUUCCUGACAUUUAAUCCUAGUAAAAUUUCCCUGUCUUAGGUCAGUUAGGAUCACUACUUUAUUUUAAGAAUGUGAAAUGUCAGAAUAAUAGUAGAGAUUUAUUUCAGCUUUUAUUUCUUUCAUCACAUUCCCAGUGGGUCAGAAGUUUAAAUACACUCAAUUAGUAUUUGGUAGCAUUGCCUUUAAAUUGUUUAACUUGGGUCAAACGUUUCAGGUAGCCUUCCACAAGCUUCCCACAAUAAGUUGGGUGAAUUUUGGCCCAUUCCUCCUGACAGAGCUGGUGUAACUGAGUCAGGUUUGUAGGCCUCCUUGCUCACACACGCUUUUUCAGUUUUGCCCACACAUUUUCUAUAGGAUUGAGGUCAGGGCUUUGUGAUGGCCACUCUAAUACCUUGACUUUGUUGUCCUUAAGCCAUUUUUGCCACAACUUUGGAAGUAUGCUUGGGGAUCAUUGUCCAUUUGGAAGACCCAUUUGCGACCAAGCUUUAACUUCCUGACUGAUGUCUUGAGAUGUUGCUUCAAUAUAUCCACAUAAGUUUCCUCCCUCAUGAUGCCAUCUAUUUUGUGAAGUGCACCAGUCCCUCCUGCAGCAAAGCACCCCCACAGCAUGAUGCUGCCACCCCCGUGCUUCACGGUUGGGAUGGUGUUCUUCGGCUUGUAAGCCUUCCCCUUUUCCCUCCAAACAUAACGAUGGUCAUUAUGGCCAAACAGUUCUGUUUGUGUUUCAUCAGACCAGAGGACAUUUCUCCAAAAAGUACGAUCUUUGUCCUCAUGUGCAGUUGCACACCAUAUUCUGGCUUUUUAAUGGUGGUUUUGGAGCAGUGGCUUAUUCUUUGCUGAGCAGCCUUUCAGGUUAUGUCAAUAUAGAUACUCGUUUUACUGUGGAUAUAGAUAAUUUUGUACCUGUUUCCUCCAGCAUCUUCACAAGGUCCUUUGCUGUUGUUCUGGGAUUGAUUUGCACUUUUCGCACCAAAGUACGUUAAUCUCUCGGAGACAGAACGCGUCUCCUUCCUGAGCGGUAUGAAGGCUGCGUGGUCCCAUGGUGUUUAUACUUGCGUACUAUUGUUUGUACAGAUGAACGUGGUACCUUCAGGCGUUUGGAAAUUGAUACCAAGGAUGAACCAGACUUGUGGAGGUCUACAAUUUUUUUUCUGAGGUCUUGGCUGAUUUCUUUUGAUUUUCCCAUGAUGUCAUACAAAGAGGCACUGAGUUUGAAGGUAGGCCUUGAAAUACAUCCACAGGUACACCUCCAACUGACUCAAAUUAUGUCAAUUAGCCUAUCAGAAGCUUCUAAAGCCAUGACAUUAUUUUCUGGAAUUUUCCAAGCUGUUUAAAGGCACAGUCAACUUAGUGCCCACUGACCCACUGGAAUUGUGAUACAGUGAAUUAUAAGUGAAAUAAUUUGUAAACAAUUGUUGGAAAAAUUACUUGUGUCAUGCACAAAGUAGAUGUCCUAACUGACUUGCCAAAACUAUAGUUUCUUAACAAGAAAUUUGUGGAGUGGUUGAAAAAUGAGCUUUAAUGACUCCAACCUAAGUGUAUGUAAACUUCCGACUUCAGCUGUAUAUAUACACCACAUUAUAGUUAAAUAUUUAUACUGUAAUAGUGCUGUCUAGAUUAACUUAAACUGCGUCUUUACCAAAUGUGAUCAGAAAAUGAAAGGUCCGGAGGUGAUCAGUUUCAUUGCCAGUGGGAGCCGGAUGGAAUGUCCAUCUGGAUGUCCAGAUAGAAUGUAUGCACUGAUGAAGGACUGCUGGACAUACAAGUAAGUGAGAAACUAGAGACCUUCUAUACAUUUUCACACCACAUGGCAUUGGAAGUAGGCUACUAGGCCACACCGCUGCCCAUUUAAAAGUAGAGCCAUCACGUCUAAAGUGUCUGACCUUUCUCUUCUCAGACAUGAGGACCGGCCAGGCUUUGUGAAGGUGGAGGAGCGCAUGCGAGUCUUUUAUUACUCCAUAUCCAACAAAUCUCUGCCUGAGGUGACCGCAGAUGCUGCUGGGCCUCUCAAG